AUGGAGGUUAGCAGGAAAAAGAGUUUAACAGGACUUCCCGAUGAUAUGAAAGCGGUUGUCUUUCAAGAUGGUAAGGCGGUGGUAAGGGAUGACGUACCAAUUCCAGUCUUCGUUGACGACGGUUUUAUGUUGGUCAAGGCGAUAGCAGUGGCUGUAAAUCCAUCGGAAUGGAAACAUAUCGAUUAUAAGUUAGGUCCAGAAGGUUCUAUCUUGGGUUGCGAGGUGGUGGGACAGAUUUUGAAACUCGGCCCAAAUAUUAUUGGUGAAAAGGAUGAGUUCAAAGUAGGUGAUUAUGUUAUGGGAUUUGUCCACGGAUGCUCCAAUUUAAGACCACAAAAUGGUGCCCUUGCUGAAUAUUGUUUGGUUGAUUCAGCCACUUGUUACAAGGCCCCUGCUAAUUUGAAAUUGAGUGGGAAGGAGCAUAUUUCUUACGGUCCUGUCAAGACUUUUGAAGGCGCUGUAUCCAUGCCAGUGGCUCUAACCACUGCAGGAGCAAUCGUAUCUCAUGAAUUUAAACUCAAUUUAGAAUGGGAACCGGCUGAAGUACAACACGAUUUCCCAAUUUUAAUCUGGGGUGGUACCACUGCAGUGGGACAAAUCUUGAUUCAACUGGUUAAAAAAUUGAAUGCUUAUUCCAAGAUUAUCGUUGUUGCGUCACAAAAAUACGAGAAACAAUUGAAAGACUUUGGUGCAGAUGAAGUCUUCGAUUACCAUGAUCCAGACGUUAUUUCCAAGAUUAAGUCCAAAUACAAAAAUAUACAACAUCUUAUUGAUGCUGUAUCAAAUGAACAAACUAUUCAACAAGUCUAUAAAUGUGCCUGUGAUGAUUUACCGGCAACGGUCAUGCAGUUAGUGUUUUUAAACAUCGAACACAUCAAACCAGAAGACAGAAGAGAAAAUGUUAAAAUUAUUGGUACUAUUGUUUAUUUAGUUACAGGCACUCCUAUUACCAUGGGUCCUUAUAAUUUCCCCGCCAACCCACGCUAUAGAAAAGAUAUAAUAAGGUUUGUCAAAUUCAUUAUCCCAAGAAUUGUAGAAGGAGAUAUUCAACAUAUGCCAGUGACUAUCAGCAAUAACGGUCUAGAAGAUGUUCCUGAAUUGAUUGACUUAGUAAGAAAGGGUAAAGCCUCCAAUGAAAAGUUUGUCACAAUUCUACCACAGUGA